AUUUUAUUUUACCCUUCUAUUCUAUAUAAUGCGGUUUGCAUCUGCUCCAGCUAAAUUAGAAGAUUAUAAAUUAAAUUCACAGUUGUCAAUUAUAAAAGAUGAAUCUUUUAUUAAAGUAGUUGACAAAAGAACAACAUUAGAUGAAAGUCAAAAGGAUUCUAACUUACAUGAUGAUGAAAAAAGAAAUGUAUCAAAUACAUCUACAUUAUCAAGUAUUAUAUGUGUCGUGGCAGGUACGGGAAUAUUAGCUAUUGCACACGCAAUGAGUCAAUCAGGUUGGAUAGGUAUUUUAUUUUUAAUACUAAAUGCAUGUAUGUCACAAUUUACUGGAGUUCUUUUAAUUCAAUGUCUUUAUACAAACAAAAAUAAUACACGAUUUAGAGAUUAUGCAGACAUUGGUCACAUGGCAUUUGGUAAACCAGGCAAAUUGAUUGGUUAUAUUUUCUCUCAGUCUUUUUUACUUUUAACUCCUACUGUCUAUAUGGUCAUGGCGAGUGAAAACAUUUCAAUCCUUCUUUUACAAAAUGGAUUUAUUUGGUUAAAUCGAAAAGUAUGUGUUUGGAUAAUUUCAAUUAUGAUUGGUGUUCCUUUUGUACUUGUUAGAAAUAUGAAAGAUGUUUCCUUUUUAAGUACAUUUGCUUCAAUGACUACAGUAUGUUUAUUACUGAUUGUAUGUGUUGUCGCUUUAUCAUCUGAUUACCUGGAAAGAAUUAAUACAGUUCAUCAUGACAUUGCUAUAGCCAAGAAUAUCCCAUUGGCUUUUAGUACAUUUAGUUUUUCAUAUUUUGGACAUGCAAUCUAUCCUCACCUUGAAGCAUCCAUGAUAACACCCGAAAGAUGGUCAAAGGUCCUUUUAGUAUCUAACUGUGUAGUUAGUAUUCUGUAUUUUACAAUGGCCUUUGUAUGUUACCUUGUCUUUGGAAAUGUAGUUCAAUCCCCUAUUUACAAGAGCCUACCCUUAGGUUCUUCACAGAACAUUGCUAUGUUUGUUAUUACAAUUCAUGUAUUAUUAGCUAUCCCGUUUUAUCUUUAUAUCUAUACGAUUAGAAUUGAAUUGUGGUUCAAGGAUAAACAAAUCAAAGAUAGCAAAUUGAUACAAGUUGCUACUCGAAUCAGUGUCAUCUUAUUAUGUGCAAUUAUAGCCAUGUGUAUUCCCUAUUUCUCUGAUUUCAUGGCAGUCGUAAGCACUAUGCUAUGCGAUAUACUUGCCUUUGUUCUACCUACUAUAUUCUGGAUGAAAUUAAAUUGGGAAACAAGACAAGGAAGACUAGGUUUAUUUUUGAUAUGUUCUAUUAUAGCCAUCUUUGGCAUUUUAUGUACUUUAUUUGGCACAAUAGAUGUCAUUCAACAAUUACUCACGCAUGGUCAUAUUAUAUAAUAAGUAACUUUUUAUUUAUUUAUUUUUACUUUGAUAGGUUUAAAUGAAAAAAAAAAUUUUUUUAUGUGAAUAAAUGAAUAAAUAAAAUAAAAUAGCUGAUAGAUAUAUAAAUGUA